AUGGGUCACGCAUUAUCAAAGGAAGUGCGGCAUGAACCUCAAAAUCCGAGGCGAUUGUCUAAGCCACAAAUUUCACAGCCAAAGGUCGGAAAGGCCACUAAAACAGCUAACUGCGACCCAAGUCCUCUGCUCGAUGAGUCAAUGUUCUGGAAGAGCCCAUGGACUGGCGACCUCCUGCCCAAGGUCACUCCAGACUCGACAGACCGUAACAGAGUGCGGUCUUUCCCAUCAUUGUCUGAACCACCACUGUUGACCCAGGGAAGCAAACGGUGGUCAAGUCUCGAUGACUUUGUUCUGAUGAAGAAUGACGGCUCGUUGUCACGGUCAAGCUCCUAUAUCUCCAGGCGGCUUUCAAGACGCUCAUCGCAUACUCGGAGGUCGGAGCAACCCGGAAAACUAACUCUUCGAGAUACUCGUAGGGAGCCAGUUAUUCACUUUGGACCAUCGGACAUUGGCAAUCAUGACCAGCGUUCAUCCAUCGAAAAUUUAACAGCAGAAGACCGGUCGCCGGUCGAAGAUUCAUGUGUUCCACUGGGUCGUCGCCAAUCAUUCCGCAGACCGGGUAUUGCAACGCGAACUCCCUCCUGGGGCUUGUAUCGGACCCAACUUCCAUCAAUCCAGCAGGAAGACGAGAAGGAGCAUCAUGAUGUAACCUCUGCUUCACAGCUCUCACCAUGUGAAACCGAAGAACAAGGGGAAUAUAUGCCUGUCUAUUCUUCUAAUAGACGAGCCACUUCUCCUGUCGCACUAGACUACUCUCAUCUCAGUGGCUUCAAAAAAGGCACCUUGAGAAUCGUCAAUGGCUCGGUAUCUCCAGCAUGCAGUGAUCGUGUUCGCCUUCUCACAACAUCUACUCUGGCUCAAGAGCCCGUCAAACCCGUCUAUGACAAGGAAACCCCUACCGUGUUCACGUCGAGUAUGGACUAUGACGAUGAAGCCAUCGAUGUCUUCGAUAAUAAUUUAUAUAACGAGAAUCACAACUCCUCAAGAAACAGGCAGCCCUUGGAGGCAUGUGAGGGCAUUGCCUCAGAAGUCAUUGACUUUACAAGGAUAGAAAAGACGCAAUCUAUCACAAAUGUUGAUAGUGGGUACAGUUCACUCAGCUCACUUCGUUCUGACGAUUCAUCUAGACAGUCAAGCUCUCCGCCUAUGGGUUCCCCAAUGGAUGGCAGUCCUGCACAAUCUGGAGGGGGAAGUCCCAUGGAUAAAGAGGGUUUUUACAACCAAAAUAACCCUGAAGAUGAAUCAUAUUUCACAAUCAACAAGUCUUCAAUAGAUCGAGAGAACUGCAAUCUUGGAUAUCCCGAAGCACACAGGGCUGGAGAUCCUAAUGCUGAGCGGUCGCGUUAUUACGCCCACCUUGGGCACUUGAGUGUCCCAUCAGUGCCCGGGGUUGUCGGCAUUGAGGACAGGGAGAGCGAUUUAGAGGACUCUUACAUCGGGACAGAUGAUAGCGAGUCAGUGUAUAACGACCAAUCAGAUCGUUUCCCAGUGCCGCGUUCCAAGCCUGAUUAUGUAGACCAGGCUGUGACGUCUGAAACAGGCAGUGGACCUUUGGCAUACGGAGAAGAUUGUGAUGCACCUCGAGGACGGACUCGAUCACGAAGUAUCAGCCAUUCUCCCUCAAAAUUGGCCAAGACAACAGCGUCUCAUUACCGAUCCUAA